UAGCAUUUUCAAAUAAGAUGCACAUGGGAUAGGAACAGAAACUAAAGAACUGAAUGAAAAAAGGGUAACAGAUAACUACUCUUCAUUUACUAGGAGCUUCAUUCAGGUGCUGAUAUGCAUCCACUCUUGUUCAGGAGUGGAUUCUUGUUCUUGUUAAGGAGCCCCGGUGGCGAAGUGUGUUAAAGCACUGAGCUGCUGAACUUGCAGACUGAAAGGUCCCAGGUUCAAACCCCGGGAGCCGCAGGAGCGGCUGCUGUUAACUCCAGCUUCUGCCAACCUAGCAGUUCGAAAACAUGCCAAUGUGAAUGGAUCAAUAGGUACCACUCCGGCGGGAAGUUAACGGCGCUCCUUGCAGUCAUGCCGGCCAUAUGACCUUGGAGGUGUCUAUGGACAACGCUGGCUCUUCGGCUUAGAAAUGGAGAUGAGCACCAACCCCCAGAGUCGGACAUGACUGGACUUAACGUCAGGGGAAAACCUUUACCUUUUUACCUCGUUUACUAAUUUGGGUUCAGAACUUCAGCCCACCAGCCAAAUUACUUGAAAUCUCUGGACUAUGUGCAUUUAUUGAAAACAUUUUAUCAUAUCCUACUCCAUCUCAGUGUGAUAGUUAAAAUAACAUUUCUAAUAUGAUAGAAUUAAAAUUAAUUUUGCACUGCCCUGAGACUUCUGGCAGCUUGAGAGGUGAUACAUUUAUAAAUACAAGGUUUGUAAACUCUAUGGAGAACCUCCAAAAUGGCAUGAGGAAGAAACAACCUACGUUCCAAAGUACCGGGGGUGCCUCUUCAUUAGCCUCACCCCUCUGUACCUGUGGCCCAGCAGCCCAUAGAGCCAGUGAAAGGGGAUUAAAGGAAACCAAGCCACAUUGUCUAUGAAAGGGUGAAUUUCACCCAACUGCAUUUGCCUAGACUAGCAGGGUCAGUAUCUGUUUUGUAGAAAUCAAAAAGAAGAUAGCAAGGGGAUAAAGAAGUGUCCAGUUUUGCUCCAGAAGCAUUGAGUUUCAUAUGUUGAACAUGAAACAUGCUAUUUUAGGUAGCAUUAACAAGCAUGGUUACCAAGUCAAGGGAAGUAAUAACCCCAUGAUACUCUGCACAGUCAGACCUCUGCAGUACUGCAUUCAGUUCUGGAUGCUUUUUUUUUUUUUAGGAUACACUAGAUGCAGUCUGAUCUGGGAAGCAGUACUUGCAUGGGAGACCACGAAUGGAUAAAUGGUGCUGUAGGCUAUAUUUUUCAGAGAAAAGAAUGAUUUAGCAUUAUAUACAAUGGAGAUUGAGCACCCACAGUAUGUAGCCUCCAUGGAGGUCCCGGAACCAAGCCCCAGUGGAUACUGAGGGCCCACUGUAUUCUUUGCCAGAGGCUGGACCUACACUACCAUAUAAUCCAGUUCAAAGACGAUAAUCUGAAUUCAGAAACUGGAUUAUAUGACUGUAGAUGGGACAUAAGAAAGCAUGAAACUUGGAGCACUAUAAGAGUACAGCUGACUUGGGAGUCUCCCACACAGUGGAUAGUAGCAGCCAAAAAAAGGAGAUAUUGGUUCUUUGAAGGGAGCCGAGCCCCUGAGCCUAUAAGGCCUUGGAGCAGGUCUAUUACCAGGUUGCCUUGAGGUGCAUCUACACUGAAGAAUGAAUGCAGUUCGGUGCUUCAUCUGUGGUUUGGUGCUGUGGGAUCCUGGGAGCUGAACUUCAAGGUCUUCAGCCUUCUCUGCAAGAAUGCUGAGGCGUCCCCACACCACAAAUCCCAGGAUUUCAUAGAAUUAAGCAAAGGCAGUUAAAGUGGUGCCAAACUGCAUUAAUUAUACAGUGUAGCUGCAUCCUUGGGAGUGCUUUUUGUAUUUACCAGGUGGCUGUAAAUCGAAACCGCCUUGACAACGUAAGAAGAAAUUCUGCUAGAGCCUUAUUGAGGCUGCCCAGUGAGGCCCCAUCUAUACUGACCAUAUAAUGCAGUUUCUGAAUGCAAGAUUAGCUGCUUUAAACUGGAUUAUAUGGCAGUGUAGAUGGGGCCUGAGAAAAGGGCCCUGAACUAAGACACGUCUGGUUUGCUGUGUGUUUUCUGGGCUGUAUGGCCAUGUUCCAGAAGCAUUCUCUCCUGACGUUUCACCCACAUCUAUGGCAGGCAUCCUCACAGGUUGUGAGGUAUGUUGGAAACUACUCAAGUGGGGUUUAUAUAUCUGUGGAAAUUCCAGGGUUGAAGAAAGAACUUUUGUCUGUUGGAGGCAGGCGUGAAUGUUGCAAUUGGCCACCUUGAUUAGCAUUGAAUCGCCUUUCAGUUUCAAGGCCUGGAUGCUUCCUGCCUGGGGGAAUCCUUUGUUGGGAAGUGUUAGCUGGCCCUGAUUGAUUCAUGUCUGGAUUUCCCGUUUUCAGAGUAUUCUUUAUUUACUGUCCUGAUUUUAGAGCUUUUUAAAUACAGGUAGCCAGAUUUUGUUCAUUUUCAUGGUUUCCUCCUUUCUGUUGAAAUUGUCCACAUGCUUGUGGAUUUCAGUGGCUUCUGUGUGUAGUCUGACAUGGUGAUUGUUCGAGUGGUCCAGCAUUUCUGUGUUCUCAAAAUGCUGUAACCAGGUUGGUUCCUCAAGUGCUCAGCUAUGGUUGAGCUAGUCUGCAGUGCCUUUCAUGUUCUUUAAUUCCUUGAUGGGGUCUGGGAAAAGGGCUCCGAACAAAGACACGUCUGCUUUUCAAAAAGCGCUCUCCCAAAGGAGAAAGAUAAAAAAAAAGACCUCCUACAAUGAUCUCGGGAGAAGACAGCAGGCCAAAUAGGGGACAUUGAACGCAACGGAAGAGUGAUGUAGAGAAUCAACUUCCAGUUAACGGAAGUGGGCCGCCAUUCCGUACGUUGCGCGGAGCCGCUCUAUCUCUUGCCUACUCAGUGGUGACCUCUCCCCCUCCCUUAUGGUGGAAACUGAGUCCCCUUUCUUACCGGAAGUGCCCUUACGCUUGGUGGCGCAGCUCCGCCCCCUUCUCUCUCCGUUGAGUCUGUCAGGGAGGGAAGGAGGCAGGGAGGCGCUGCUCGUUCCAGCCGGCUUAGAAACAUGCCUUCGCUUAGAACUGAGGGUUUUGGACAGUAUGCCAAACUUGCUGAGAGAAAACUACGUUCCCCCUUUGAAUUCAGACCGGAACAACUGAAGUAUCUUCACUUGCACUAUUUUGUAUACACCAAGGAAUGUAGCUGACCAUUUCUUUCUUGAAGACUUUUGCCUCAAUAAAUCCAGCUAUGGCAAGGAAUUGCUCUGGAUGCAAGGAGAAGAGGCCUGCCCACAGUUUAUGUACUAGCUGUAACAAAUGGCUGUGCAGUUUGUGUACAGAGGAACACAGGCACAACAAAGAACCAGAAGAGCAUUUCUCGCCGAUUCCACUGAAAGGGUGUUCAGGAGCUGAUGGGGAAACAAGUGAAUUUCCUUUGUUUUGCCCAAUGCACAGUCAAGAGGCACUCAAACUGUUUUGUGAGACCUGUGAUGUCCUUACUUGCCGCUGCUGCCUUCUGAUAGAGCACAAAGAACACAGGUUCAGGCAUCUUCAUGAAGCUUUGCAAAACCAAAGAGCCAUCCUGGAAAAUGUCACGGCUAAAGUGGAAGAGAAGAAAAAUGGAGUUCAGGUCUCGGCCAAGCAGAUUGAAGACAGAUUGUUUGAAGUAAAACAUCUGCAAAGAAAAGUAGAAAACCAGAUAAAAAUGGCCAAGAUGGUCCUGAUCAGUGAAAUAAAUAAGCGAGCAAAUGUUCUCCUAGAACAGCUAGAGAGGAUCUCCAGCGAAAGGAAGCAGAAACUAGAACAACAGCUUCAGGGCGUCAUGAUUCUAAACAGGCAAUUUGAACAUGUGCAAAACUUUCUCAGUUGGGCAGUGUGCAGUAAAAAUAAUGUUCCAUUCCUCUUCAGUAAGGAACUGAUUGUGUUUCAGAUUCAACGUUUGGUAGAAACAAAUUCUAACGCAGACAUGGGCCCUCCUUGGAAGGUCAGAUUCACAUGGGACCCAUCUUUCUGGACUAAACAACUCUCUAAUUUAGGCCAUUUGUCAAUGGAGGGAGAGCCAAACCAUCACUCAGAGGGAUCAGCAUAUGGAAGUGUGCAAGGGAUAUCACCUUAUUUGUAUCAUCACAACCAAGGACAGCAUUCCCCAGCACCACAUCAGAACUCUCUCAAUAACCAGUCACACCAAUUCCACCCUCCUGUUCACUGCCCAACACCCAUGUGCUGCAGCCAUUGCCUUAAUAUUCCACACUUAAGUAAAGGGCAGCUCCCCCAUCAAACCAUGAGUAACCCUCAAUCUUUCCGACAACCUCCUGAAAUGCAGCACCACCAGCAGCAGCAUUUCCCUUUGCAGUAUAACCUGCAGCAGGCUGACCGAGAGCAGCGGUGUACUUUGCGACCCUUAAAGACAUUGCAACCCUGCACAGAACAGAAAUUUCACCAUGAGCACGAUAGCGAAUUGGUCAGGAUGGGGAAGCAUCCCCAAGACCAACCAGUGCCCCAUGCUGGCCACAACCUUUAUAAUUUUCCAUCACGGGAUGAUCAGCAAGGCCGAGCUAGCCAUGCCCCACAGUUGACGGCACCAUCUGCAGUGCAUAAUCCAAUGGUGCAAGUUCAGCUCGGUCCAUUACAGAAACCAAAGAUGAAUCAGUCACAGCAGCAACAGCUGCAGCAGCAGGAACCACUGCUACCCCCCCAAGAGCUGUCCCCACAGCAGUCAUCUCCUUCGGGUCCCAAUGGGAAGGCUCGUGAUCAAGUGAUACAACAGAAUUUGGACAUCAUGCACCAUCAGUUUGAACUAGAGGAAAUGAAGAAAGAUUUGGAGCUUCUUCUCCAAGCUCAGCAACCAAGCCUUCAGCUGAACCAAGCCAAGCAGCCCCAGCAUGUUCAGCAAACAAUUGUUGGACAGAUAAACUACAUUGUGAGACAGCCCACUGCAGUUCAGCAACAAAGUCAGGAGGAAGCAAAAGUUAGUGAAGAUUCUGUUGAGCCAGAAGCCUCAAGCCCAGCACUCCCCUUUGACAGAAAUAUAAUUCCAUUUAAGUCCCAGCCAUUAGAGGAAACUAUUGUCAGUAUUCACUCUCCAGAGAGUACUUUGAAUUCAGCCAGAAAGCAACCAGCUUCCUUGAACAUUGUAGGCUUUCCAAAUGCUGUAGAUAUGGAUUUGUCUUCUGCAAGGGUUUCCAAGUCAUCUGGUCCUCAGGCAAAAGAAAUCUCCAGUAUAACAUCCUGCCAGUCCCAGAAUAUGCCAGUUACUUCUGAUGUGCCACCUAAAAUUGUUCCUAAUUAUAGCUUGGAUUUGGAUAGGAAUAAAAAUGACCUGGUCACUAACAAUAUUGACCACAUAGCAACUGGUGGAAUGCCCCUGCUGAGCACAGUGUGCAAGCUGGAAAGUGAAGACUUUGGUUCUGCAAGUUUCAGUCUUGGAAGCAACUCUGUCACUCCACCAGAGUCAAAAGACAUGUUAGCUCUUCCUAUUCACAAUAUUCUGGAAGAACCUAUUAAUCUUUCAGUAAAGAAGACUCAGCCAUGUGUCUCUCCUUCCAUACAUGUCAGCAACACUGAUUGUAUGCAGUCACCUAAUUCAACUCCAAAACAUAGUGAAGAUUACCAUAACUGUGAGGAGAAACAUUUUGAAAUGGAAGAUAAAAGUAACCAGAGCAGCAGAACUUGCGCAAGAGAGAUGAAAGUCCCUUACGUGAGAUUGGAACGACUGAAAAUACACACAUCAGAUUCUGGAGAGCUUCCAGUAUUUAAACUGCAGCCACAAAAGAAUGAACAUGACGGGACUUUCCUACUUAUAAUUGAAUGUGGUACUCAGUCUUCAAGCAUGGCUAUAAAGAUCAAUCACGGAAAUUCACCUGUAAGGCCGAAUCCUGUGUCUGACAAUUUGGAAGAGAGAAGGAUUCUUGCAAGCCAACCUGAGCAAAUGUCACUUCCUUCUGUAGCUCACAGGCUCAGUAACAAUGUGAAAAAAUCAGUGCUUUCUGAGGAAGAUCAUCCCAUUGAGAAUGAGGACUUUUGUGCUGUGUGUCUGAAUGGAGGAGAACUAUUGUGCUGUGAUUACUGCCCAAAGGUGUUUCAUCUCUUAUGCCAUGUUCCUGCUUUGCUUAGCUUUCCUGUAGGUGAAUGGGUGUGCACACUUUGUAGCAACGUGGAGAAACCAGAGGUAGAAUAUGACUGCGAAAACGCACGUUUCAGCUAUAGUAACACGCUCAUGCCAGCAAGAGAAAUGUAUGGUCUUAAUGACUACGACCAAAAGAAGUGUGAGAAACUGGUGCUUUCACUAUUCUGCAAUAACCUGAGUCUUCCAUUCCAUGAACCAGUCAGUCCUCUGGCUCGGCAUUAUUAUCAGAUCAUCAAAAGGCCCAUGGACUUAUCCUCCAUCCGGAAAAAGCUCCAGAAAAAGAACAAAUUGCAUUACUCCACCCCCGAGGAGCUUGUAGCAGAUGUGCGUCUUAUGUUCUGGAACUGUGCAACAUUCAACUAUCCUGAUUCAGAAGUUGCUGAAGCUGGACGAUGCCUGGAAAUAUUCUUUGAAAGCAAACUAAAGGAGAUUUAUCCAGAAAAACAGUUCUCAUUGGUACAGCAAGAUGAUUCUGAUUCAGAUGACGUGGAGCCUGACACAAACCAAGUGGCUGCCAAAGGAUUCCAGUGGCCUUCCUAUAGACCAGAGUGCAUUCAGCCAAAAAGAAGGCGACGGCAUGCUGAAAGUGAAAAAACUAAAAGACCAAUGUUUUGGCCAGCUAAAGGCCUUUCUCAAGUGUGACCUCCUGAGUGAUGUUUACAGUGCCAUGAAGAACAAAAUCAAAGAAUAGACUGUAUAAAAGCUGAUCAAAAUGUCACUGAGAAGUUUCACUUGGACUGCACUCUAGUGGUUGACCAACAUCAUUUCUAGACUCUUUGGGGGUAUGUUUUCAGCAUAAUGUAAAUUCAGUGGCUAGUCUCCCAGCUAUCUCUUUUAUCUAAUAAGUUGUAUUCACAUUAAUAUUUUAGCCAUAUGCAAUAGUGUUUAAUAAAAAUAGGGCAAUUGUUAUACUGUUCUUAAAAUUAUGUUAUACAUUCUCACAUUACAUAUCAUAGCUAACAGUAGUCUUCUGGCAAUCUUACCAUUUCAGGGCACCAAAGACUCCACCAUGUUUAUACUGGAUUAAAGUCAGGAGCCAUUUUACCAUAGAGUGCCCAUCUUCUUCUGUAUUGAAUAAAACUUGUUCUAUGCUUUUCUGGUAUGAAAAAUGCACUUAGUAUUGUAUUUCUUAUCCUUGUAAUGUUAUCUUGCUAACAGUGUGACAACAUAAAAUCCCAUUCCUGGGCUUCAGUUGAAGCAGUGACUGUGGCAUCAGAAGCUGUAUGCCACUUCUUUGUUACCUAUUUAUAAGACCAGAUGAUGUUAGGAGAAAUAAAGUGAGAUAUCUGGAAUGCUAAUCUUUAAUUCUAGAGAGAAAAUGUGAAGUUGUCGGUUCUCAUGCAUGGAGAGUGACUACUAGUAGUGAACUGGUGCAACCAUCAUUUGCAAUAUGUGGCUUUAAUGAAAUCUGGCACUAGUAGCUUGUUCAAUACCCAGUUCAGCUCCUCAUAGUCUUUUAUUUAAGUUUACUUUAAAAUAGUGGCCAAGGCAGUUCUGGAAGGUGCCAUUUUUAUGGGCUUUAUGGACAUUUUCACCCUCUCACUUGUUUGGUACAGUGCCAGAUAUUAUGUUAGUGGAGACUGGAUAUGAUUGCAAUAUACUUAGGUGCUUUCUUUUUGUGUUCCCUAGCUUUCAUAGGCUCUUUAAAAUGAGUGUUGUCUUCAGACCUCACAAAGGAAGUGAUUUCUCUGUAAAUUUACUUUCUCUGUAGAUUUGCUGUAAAUUGAAGAGAGCUCUUUAUGACUUUAUUGAAUAUGGUAUCAAUGGAUGUCAUAAUUUAGCAAUACCUGAAUAUUUUUCUUCAUGUUGCCAAUGUUAAUAUUGUUCGACAUAAAUACUGUAGAAAAUUGUGGUCUCUUUUCAUAUUAUAUAAUAAACCACUAAAAACAUUGUAAA